UGUCUGCUGAGUAUUAAGUCUGGAAAAAUACUCAAAAUGGCUCAGUUAAUUAUUUCUUUCGUUUCUUCUAAUGAUUGUUUCAUAAAUUUGCCACUUGUCUUUUCAAAUUUUUUUUAUGAACAAAAUCAGUUACCACAAAAUGUUGUUAUAGAGUUAUCUUGGCAGGAAUCUAAAAGUUCACGAAAAUCUUAUGUCGGCUGGUCAGGAAACCACUCUAAACAAUCGGGCACAAUUGACAUAAUUGAGAUAGAUCCACAAUUUGGAACUGCCAUUGGUUUACAUGAUGGUCAAAAGGUAUCUAUGAAAAUUUGUGAAAAUUGCCCAGAGGCUAAUUCGGUGCAUGUCGAACCUUUUAAUAUCGAAGAUUGGGAAAUAAUGGAUCGUAGAGCAAAUUAUCUAGAAGAUUAUAUCGUCCAACAAUUACGCGUCGUGUAUAUUAAUCAAAUUGUCACAUUGUGGAUUAAUUCAAACCUUACAAGACUCAGAAUUGUGGAAAUUAAUCCAAAGACUCAGUUUCAGUUUGCGAAAUUAUGUGCGAAUUCAGAAGUCUUUGUCAAACCAAAGCCGCGUCCGACAGAAAUUAAGUCAUCCGAAAAUAAAGAUAUAUCAGCUAGCAAUGCUUUAAAAACUCCAAUAUAUUGCUUGAGAGUAUUACCUAAAGAAUAUAUUGGAAUAUUUCCAUCAAGUCCAAUUGAACUUUAUUCAGUUUAUGUUCAUCCAAAAGAUUUUGUCAAUAUUAGACUUUCAGACAACAGAGUUGUGCGUCUUUCUAAAGUGCAGCCCCAGCAACUACUUCAUAAUAACAAAGAAAUACCACACAAUAAGGAAGGUGAAGAUAAAUCUGACAUAGACAAUAAAAGUUAUUCACAGAAUAUUAUUUAUGUUAAAGUUGUGGAAAAUUUUGAUGUGGUUCCGGGACAUGUGGUUUUAUGUGAGUCAAUUAGAGAUUGCUUAGAUGUUACAAAUUUUGAUAUCAUCAGACUAGCACCUUCACAGACAAAUCCUGUUGCUUUAUCUAAUAUUAUAAUAAGAAAUAUAAGUCCAUUUCAAGUUAAUUCCUUAAAACCUAAUCAUUCUGGCAGUUUACCUGCAGAUAAAUCAGCAUUUUCAAAUGUUUUAAUUAAUUCUUUUAAAGCUUUUUUUGACACAUUAUCGGAAAAUUCUGAAGUUGUGUUUACAAAUGGAAUGAAAUUACCUUUACCCUCAAUUAAUGGCAACCUAAAUAUUACAAUAUUCUUAGGUGUAAAAACAGUUAACAAUCAAAAUGAUGGACGUCAUGGAAAAUUUGAUUUUCCUGAAAUGUUUACAAUUUUGACGAAAAAGAAAUUACAAAACACAAAGAUAGAAGUUGGUGAUAAUAUCCCAAUUCCCCCAGACAAUAGACCUUUGAAACAGUCUAUACAGGAUCAUCUCCCAAAACUUGCUGGUGUCUCAAAUCUUAUACAACAGUUAGAGGGUUAUUUGCGAUCUUGUCUUGGAAAAGUCCCAUUACGAAAUGCAUUACGUGUUCCAGGCAUGGGAGGUUUACUAUUAUGUGGUGGACAUGGAUCUGGUAAAACUAGUAUAGCUAAAACAAUCACAUAUAAUCUGGGACGGGAUUUACAGACUUUAGCUUAUUGUUUAGUUGUAAGAUGUACUGAGUUAACAGAAGAACGUAUAUCAUCUGUAAGAGAUAAGUUACAACAGUUGUUUGAUGAUGCUGCAUGGCAUGCUCCUAGUAUAAUUUUUUUUGAUGAUCUUGACAGAUUAAUUCCAGCUGAAGUAGAACAUAUAGAUUCAUUCAGAUUUCGCCAGCUUUCUGAAUGUUUCUUUCAUAUUGCUACAAAAAUGUGUGAAAGGCAUAGGAUAACAAUUUUUGCAACUGCACAACAACAAUCUUCGAUUCACUCAUUUCUUAUUACAAGUCAUUUAUUUAGUGAGAUUGCUCAACUGGACCCACCGACAAAGGCAGAAAGACGUGAGAUUCUUGAAGCAAUAAUGGCUUCUGGUCCUAUUCUUGCACAAAAUAGUAUAUCUCAUCUUGAUUUAUUAUCAGUAGCAAGCGAAUGUGAGGGAUAUUUUGCUGCAGAUCUUAAAGUACUUGUAGAACGUACUAUACAUGAAGGGGCAGCUAGACAAUUAAAUAAUGAGUCUCAAUUAUUGCUCACAAGAGAAGAUUUUCACAAAGCUCAGGAAGGAUUUGUUCCUUUUUCUUUACGAGGAGUAAAAUUACAUACUUCAGAAGUUAGUUGGACUGAUAUAGGAGGUUUGGAAGAAACGAAAAAAGUUUUGUUAGAAACUUUGGAAUGGCCCACCAAAUAUGCUUCAAUUUUUGCAAAUUGUCCUUUAAGAUUGCGAUCUGGAUUACUUUUAUAUGGGUUUCCAGGUUGUGGAAAGACUUUGCUUGCUUCAGCAGUUGCAAAAGAAUGUGGUCUUAACUUUAUUAGUGUUAAGGGCCCAGAAUUAUUGAACAAAUAUAUUGGUGCUAGUGAAAAAUCAGUACGUGACUUAUUUGAGCGUGCGCAAGCAGCAAAACCAUGUGUUUUGUUCUUUGAUGAAUUUGAUUCUAUUGCACCUAAAAGAGGUCAUGAUAGUACUGGAGUAACAGAUAGAGUAGUUAAUCAAAUGUUGACUCAGAUGGAUGGAGCUGAAGGACUUGAUGGAGUUUAUGUUCUUGCAGCUACAAGUCGUCCAGAUCUCAUCGAUCCUGCGUUAUUAAGACCAGGCCGUCUUGAUAAGUCAUUACUGUGUAAUAUUCCGACAUUUCAAGAAAGAAUCGAGAUAUUGAAAGCUUUGUCAAGAAAGAUGGAAUUAAAUGAAGAUAUUGACUUGAGUUAUUAUGCCGAAAAGUGUGAAGGGUAUUCUGGCGCAGAUUUACAAGCAUUAUUAUACAAUGCACAUCUUAAAGCCAUUCACGAGGCUAUCGAUACUGAAAAGUCAUUAGAAAAAUACAAAUCAAAUUCUGAUGGAAAUGAUAUGCAAUUCAUUUCUCUUAAUGCAAAAUCAGCAAAUACAGUUACUUUACUAACAGCCGCAGAAAAGGGCCAAAUAUCACAAAGGUUAGCACUAAUUAAGAAAGGGCUUGUAACCAAGAAAACCAUUACAGUUGAAAAAGAAGGGGAAGAUGAUAUAAAGAAGAAGCGAACAGCAAUUAUAACGAAUGAACAUAUGCGAGCAUCUUUAGAAAUAACGCGACCUUCAACUACACCUGAGGAACGUGCAAGAUUAUCUAAUAUAUAUGAAGAAUUCAUCACAGGAAGAAACGGAGAAAUGCCUAGUGGUAUUUUUAGUCACGAAAUCGGUCAAAGAUCUACACUGUGUUAGAUCUAUAACAAGUUUGUGUCACGUUUGAAUAACUCACAAUGCGGACAUUUUUUUUCUAUCAGGCUGUGUAACAGAAAAUUGUUUCAUUAAAGUAUAGUAUAAUAAAU